AUGUCGGCACUCAACGUGUUUGGCCUUUUGAACUCCGUCUUUAAGAUCGAAGUUCACCAUCACGUGCUCGGAGAACUUACGAAGAAGCGAGGCUUUACCACCGUGGACAAGAAGCCAGUGGAGUUGAGAACCUUCACCAUUAGCUUUUACGACAUGGACAGGCCGGACGAUGCGAUCAUAUGCGAUCGUCCAUCGAAUCGUGCCUUCUGCCGUCUCUGGGGGGGUUCAGAGGACAAGAAGCCGGGCGAAGGAGUGGAGAUGGUGAUCCCGAAGCAGCCGUACACCAUGGUCUACAUGAGCAACACCACCCAGAUCAAGAAGGUGGGCCAUCCCGAUGGCACCUUCAGCUUCGAAGGCACCGAGAAAGGAACCUAUCAGGACAAUCCGGUGAAGGCGCGGUCAUACCACGACGGCGCCGACGAUGGCGCGUGCGUGGCCUUUGAGUUCAAGAAUGUCAAAAAGGUGCACAUGCGAAUCCAGUCCACGGCGGGCUUCAUGGCACGCACCACGCAGUUCGCCUGCCUCAACUCCUUCAUGUGCAAGGUGGUGCCUGACCGCCAAACCGCUUGGCAUAAGGACACGGCUGAGGAGGUGGAAGUGGGACCACAGGAUUCGAACCAGGCGCCCAUCCGCGCGCGCACCGGGCUGCUCUUUGAGUACACCUUUCCCAAGCACCUGUGCCUUGGAGCGAGCGAGGGGGCUAAACCGGACGGACCAGGGCGACGGCCUUUGCCCAGUUGGCUUCACUUCAACCCCAAGACAUGCACCUUGAGCGGCACCCCCAGCGCUUCCGACCGUGGCGUCAUGAACGUCAAGGCGCGCCGGCGCACGGCUCGCUCGCGCGCCAUCAACUCCGCCGGGGUGGAAGCCUCAACCACGUUGACGCUGGACAUUGGUGGUGGUCCCGCGCUGGCGAAGCCCAUCCCUCUGCAGAGAGUGCGGCCGGGAAAGGACUUUGUCUAUGCCUUGCCCAAGGGCAUGUUCAUUGACACCAUGGACGGUGAGAAGUUGAACUUCAAAGCCACCAGUAAGGCGUAG